AACAACAACAAGAGUACGUAGGCUACGUAGUAGGCCCAGAGGCUGUGUGAAACGACUAGGUCUGUGUAUAUAGGACUGGGUCCAGGCUUAAUAGCCUAAUGAAUAACAACAUGUAUUUAUAGAUUACAGAACGUGUAACCUAUUAACAGACCCCUUUUGGAUGGUUUCCAACACUUGGCGACGUGGGAUCCGUCGGUUCUCUGCGGUUGUUAAAGUGUAUUUCCUUGGUCGUCAGUAGACCCUGCCCUCCGUAUGUCACUGUAUUGAUGUGUUGUUAGCAAAUGGGAGCAGAAGGGCCGAUCCUUCGCCUGGAGAGGUUAUUCUCACUACAGGGUUGAUCCGCCUGGAGAGGUCAUUCUCACUACAGGGUUGAUCCGCAUGGAGAGGUCAUUCUCACUACAGGGUUGAUCCGCCUGGAGAGGUUAUUCUGACUACAGGGUUGAUCCUUCGCCUGGAGAGGUCAUUCUCACUACAGGGUUGAUCCGCCUGGAGAGGUUAUUCCGACUACAGGGUUGAUCCUUCGCCUGGAGAGGUCAUUCUGAUUACAGUUGCCACUUCUUGCCAAAAUCUUCAGGGUUUAAAGACUCGAUCACUGCGACUCCAUUCAUACACAUUAUUGUGUUUUCUCCAAUCGAGACACGGAUCCCGAUGUUCAAUCAGGAUUCAGGAAUACUUCCACAUCUAACAUUGAAAGGAGAUACUUUGUGAAGUGUUUGAUAUUUCGGUCUGAUCUGACUACCGAAGCAUGGUUGAUGACACCAGUUUAGCAACUAAAUCUGCUUUGCAAGCAGUUUUCUCCUCGACCUGCAACCUCCCCCUGCUCGUCUCCUCUGCCUCGACACACAGCCACUUCCCCGGUUCACACUCACAGUCCGACCAGCCCAACGGCGGAGGCAUGAAGCUAGAGGCGGUCAUGGAAAACCUCCAAAGACAGCAGGCUGCCCGCCUGGCGCUCGAAGAGAAGCUCCGUCAUGCGGAGAAAGAGAAAGACCUCCGCUCCAUGGUCGAGUCCCAGAUCCAUCAACAAACCCUCGCCUUCCGCCACUACCAGGCAGCGGUCCGUGGCGCUUUCGCUGCGGGAAUAGCGAACUCUUCUCUCGGGUUGGCGAGCUCCGCUGAACGGGAACUGGCUCUCCCUCACAGUCUUGACGCUCGCAGGCACUCGGCCAAAGCCGACUCCGAUAUGGACGAUGAUCCAGAGGGCAUGGACCGAGGUAUAAAUGAUGACAACAAGGAUAUGGAUGGAGAUGGCCUGGACAACGAGGGAAUCGUGGACGAUGAGGAGGACAUAGAGGGGGCUCUCAGCCACUACCAGCCCCGCCACCCCAUGCACCCCGGGGCGGGAGACUCGCCAAAGGACACACUUGUACAUCUCAUAUCCAGAGCCCCUCCGUCGUUCGCUGCGCCCCGGCAGUCAGAGACCCCGAGCGGGAUGGCACCACAGUCUCAGCAACACGAAUGGACUUACGACGAGCAAUUCAAACAGGAUUAUUUUCCUUCUAUAGUAAACUGGCUCAAAUUAAGAUCAUACAUCAGUAGCGUCUCAAGAGGAUGUUCAACAGGUUGUUUGCACUCCAGAAAGUACUUAAGUUUAGGCAUCUAUUCUGUAUGUGAAAUAGACUCGUGCGUCCUAUUGGGAGGGAUCGUACUGUGAGCAUUUUACACCAAACGUUGAAGCAUUAAUUACUUUUAGAUAGAACACAGGAAGAGUUUCAUUCCAAAACGCGAUAUAUCCAUUUUCAGAAAUGCUGGUAAAUUAGAUUUUUAUUGAAAGAGAUUGGUGUGUUUUUUUCACCAUAUAAUCAUGUCAUGAGGUUGUUCAAUGCCAGACAUUUAUUUGUUUAAAAUCUAUCACUUCAUGGUUUCAUUUCAGAGAGAGAAAUAAGGAUGUUUUUCCUGCUAAAUGCUAAAUAUCCACCUCACUCUCAGAGGAAUCAGUAGUGCAGCUAGGUCUUACACAGUCUAAUGU